UAGGCUCGUGAUAACAGCAGGGUUUUUUUUGGGAGCAGAGCAUUCCCAAAGUUUUCACUACCCGAAUUUCCACGACUCGUCACAUCCAAAUCGCAAGUGGCCAACAGCAGACGUGUGUGUCAGUUCGACGAACGAGCCCAGGACCGCCGAAAGCUUGACAUUGUGAAACCAUGGACAGCUUGAAGGUGGCACGUUUGGAUUGAUUAAGUUCGAUCUCCAGUGCUACCGAAUAGAGGAGUGAAAAAGCCUCCCAACCCCCCAGCAACAAGGAGCAGAACGAAGUGUAAAGUGUUGAAAAAGCCUCAUCAUGGGGCCAAGAAAUGGAAUGGUGGCCGCUGCUGGUUUGUUUCUGGUGCUGCUCUCCGGGGCGUGCGGUUCGGUUCGACCGAUGCCCCAAGGAUUGGUGUCGGGAAUGACACCUCGCGAGGCGGAUCUGCUGAAUAGCAACUUUUUCCGGCGGAUGCGGGAGAUGAUCAUGGAGCGGGCUUACGAGGAUGCACUCAACGAUGCACCGAACGAUGGGUCACCACCGAUGAAGCCAGUCGACACCUCGCACCUAGACAGUCCUCCUAAGCCCCGUGUCGUCGAAAACUGGCCCAUGGUGAGCCACGAGUUUGGUCAGGUCACGGCAGUAUCGAUCAACCGUGACGGCAAUCCGGUCAUCUUCCAACGAGGUCACCGCGUUUGGGAUGCUGAAAGCUUCAACGAGAGUAACCACUAUCAGCAGAUAAUGAAAGGUCCCAUCGAAGACAGCACGAUCCUAACGCUGAGCGCCAAGACCGGUGAGGUGAUCGAUGAAAGCGGCGGUGGAAUCUUCUACAUGCCGCAUGGAAUGACGAUCGACCGCAAUGGGAACAUGUGGCUUACGGACGUCGCCCUGCAUCAAGCGUUCAAAUUUAUGCCGAACCACGACUAUCCAAGCAUCACGAUAGGGCGUCGUUUUGAACCGGGAUCUUCUCGAAACCACCUGUGCAAACCAACGGCAACGGCGGUGGCUACAACCGGAGAAAUUUUUAUCGCCGACGGGUACUGCAACAGCCGGAUUCUGAAGUUCAAUGCAGCUGGCCGCCUCAUUCGAACGAUACCGCAGCCGCCGGAAUUCCUGUCCUUGCAAGUUCCGCACGGGUUGACAUUACUGGAGCAUUUGGAUUUGGUCUGCAUUGCCGAUCGGGAAAAUAUGCGAGUCGUUUGCCCAAAGGCGGGUCUGAAAUCUUCAUUCGGCGAAGGAACCCAAGCUGCAACGAUCCAGGAACCGGAUCUUGGACACGUGUACGACGUUGCGGCUUACGGUGAUUUGGUGUACGCCGUCAAUGGUCCAACGGCCGAUAUGAUCCCUGUGCGAGGAUUCACCAUUGAUCCGCGUUCGGAGACCAUCAUCGACCAUUGGGGCAAGUUCGAUAACCCCCAUUCGAUCGCAUUCUGCCCGAACGGGUCGGCAAUGUACGUAACCGAAAUCGGGCCAAAUAAGGUUUGGAAGUUCGAACUGAUGUAGGCUGGGUCACCCUCCCGCACAAGUCCGCGACUAGCAAACCGUGUGAAUCAAUCGCAUAUGUUUAUAGAAAUAAUGAAACACAAAGGCGAAAGCCGACCAAAUGAAUAUAUCUUAUUCGUAUGAGCUGUCUACGCAAUUGGUACGUAAUAAUCAUCCAACCUAUGAAACAACAAGUCCAGAACUAAAUGAAACGGUGUGCGGUUCAGCCGAACAGAUAGGUAGCAAAAUGGUAACACCAACAGCCAUCACAAACCACAAUGAACUGUAACUUCAUGAACAGAUUCCAGACGUGUUAUGAGCUUUUCAGUUAUUUAUUGCAAACGUUUUGGGGGUCAUCUUUAUCUCAUCUUAGUUUCCGUUCUUUUAUCAUAGCAGUUUAUCAUCUAGGUUCGGUUUAUGAAACCGAAUGAUUUAUAACUAUUACGAAAUAUUUGCACUUAGUUGGUACGUCCUUUGGGCGGCACCUCAAUUGUAUUUAGCAGUUUAUACGCAACGUUAGAAGAAUUUAUGAGUGUUAAACAUGUUGCAAUAUAUGAUACGUAUUUAGUCGAUGUUGCCAGUUUAUCUUAUCGAUUGUAUUCUCUUCAAGCAGGAACCAGAAGAACUAUAUCACAAAAACCAUGUCGUAGAAUGCUGCUAACUGAUAACCAGCAAUGUAAAAUAAAGAUUUAUACGUAGAUUAAAAAA